CGAUGUGUGAGCACGACGUCCGAGUCUCCGCGCUGCCUCUCAUUUAUCUGGCAGAGGAGAGGAGCCCGCGUCCGAGGAUACAAUGAAGCAGUGUGUCCUCGUCCGAGACAAUGCAGCAAGAUGCUACGAAGGGACGAUACUGUGUUUUCACAAGCUCGGGGACGUUUUGCUCGACUGCAGAGAGAAUGACCAGCUAAAGAAUGAAGCUGUAGCAACUGCAUGAAGCUAUGACCGACACUAGACCCUAGACGCCCAGUUACCAAGCCAGGACUCAAGAAUGAAGACCAAAUAUGCAAUUGUCUUCAUCUGCAUCUUGGCCCUGGUUAUCAUCGAGAAAGAAAGCAACAUCCUAUCAAGGGUCUCUGAUAAACUGAUGCAGAGGCCGGGUCAACAGCAGACCCCACAGACUCCUCUGGAUUACAGCAACGCAACCCAAAAUGGCUCCCUGAUACUCAAAAUGGUGCUCUCCAAACUCACUGGUACAACAGGGAAUUACUCAAGUUUCUCUGAGGAGCAAGACGAGGAAGAACUAGAUAAUUUAGACACAUACAGCUAUAGCAGUGGUCCUAAGCACAUAUUGCUUUUGGCCGCUACACGAACAGGCUCCUCGUUUGUGGGGGAAUUUUUCAACCAGCACGGGGAGAAUAUGUUCUAUCUGUUUGAGCCACUGUGGCAUGUUGAGCGCAUGCUGACCACAGCUUCAGAGGUAAACAAUGGGACAGUGUUGGCAGGAAUCUACCGGGAUGUACUCCAGGGACUCUUCCUGUGUGAUUUCUCUCCUCUCGAGAAGUUCAUCUCUCCCCCACCUCAGGAGCACAUCACCCCAGCUCUUUUCCGCAGAGAGUCUAGUUUGUCGCUCUGUGAGGAACCUGUCUGCACCCCAGUAAUCAAAGAUGUCUUUGAGAGGUAUCAUUGUAAGACGCGUCACUGCGGGCCACUGAACCUGACCCUUGCGUCUGAAUCCUGCCUUUCCAAGCAACACCACGCCAUUAAGACUGUCCGUGUGCGCCAGCUGGAAACAUUGCAACCGUUGGUAGAGGAUCCUCGACUAGAUGUGAGAGUGAUCCAGUUAGUCCGAGACCCACGGGCCAUUUUAGCAUCGCGCAUGGUGGCUUUCUCUUCGAAGUACCAGACAUGGAAGGCCUGGGCGCAGGAUGGCCAAGUGCCUGAAGAUGAUGAGGAAGUGAAGAGGCUCAAAGGGAACUGUGACCAAAUUAGGAUGUCUGCAGAGGUGGGACUGAGUCGACCUCGCUGGUUGAGGAACCGCUAUAUGUUGGUACGUUAUGAGGAUAUUGCCCGCUACCCUAUGCAGAAGGCAGAGGAAAUGUACAGGUUCACAGGGAUACCAUUUAGUCCCCAAGCUAGGGAGUGGAUUCUGAAAAACACUCAGACCACUCAAGUAGCUAGUGGGAUUUACUCCACCCAGAAGAACUCAUCAGAGCAGGCAGAGAAAUGGAGAUUUAGUAUUCCCUUUACACUGGCUCAGGUCGUGCAGAGAGUGUGUGGACCCACCAUGAAUCUGUUUGGGUACAAGUUUGUGGAUGAUGAAAAGACACUGAUUAAUAAGUCCAUCAGUUUGUUUGAGGAGAAACCAUUUCAUUAAUCCAGAUGUCAAAAAGGUAGCUGUGAAUCUGCAAAACCCCGGAAAUGACAUAUCAGAGCCAAGAGAAGCCAUUAUUGCACAGACCAAACAUCGUAAGCAAAGAUGCCAUAGAAGACACAAAAUGUGUUACUGCUGACAAUAAGAUUUGAGCCAUACAAUAAACUUCAUACUCGCCAGGGAUGCCUCUUUGUAACAAAGAAGAGUUACUUGAUAAAGAGACAUAUUUAUUUGCAUGCUGUGUUCCCUGAGAAGCCUUAAGCUUUAUGUCACAUGCUGUACUUCAUUUAAAAUGAAACAAGCAUGGAUAUCAAGCCUAAUUUGUAAGAUUUUAUUGAUAGUUAGAUGAUAGAUUUUCAGGGAUAAACACAAACAAAGUGAUGUUUGUGUGUGUUUUUCAAAGACAGGAGGUUUCUGUUCAUGGGGUUUACAAUGCUUCGUCCUGGUUAGUUCAGCCUGGUGUUUAGUUUUAGUUUGCACUGGGCGAGACAACUGAUAUUAUCACUUUAGAUCUGAUUGGCAUUUAUGGGUCUGACUGAGGUAAAGUGAGUGCGUGAUUGUAUUUCAAUAUCUUCAUAUGUCCUCAAUAUACAAGUGUUGCCAGUAGUCAUAGUUGUAAUAAUAUAUUUCUUGGACUGUCUCUUUAAGUUUAAAUAAACGGGCAGUUUGGGUAUCAUUUUACUCUUGUCGACAGGCCACUUUGAAUCUCAAGGUGAGUCAGAUCUGAUUCACUGAUUUCAGCCAAAUGUUCAUGGAUACACAAACAAAUUUUCUUAUUUUAAGUAGCCGUUUUAAUUGUUUACCCUUUCAAAGGAAUAAAAUUGCCAGAAGUA